AUGUCGUCUCCUGACAGCUCACAAUCCAAGAAGGCAGUUGGAUCCCAUCCAUCUGCACGCUCAGUUUUCCCAUCAAUGGAUUCUAGCGUCUUCACGGAUGAUGACGGGUGUGAGAUAUUGCAUUCGACGGCAAAAACUUGCGCACCGCCGGAUCCUUGCUUUCCCACAUCUCCUUUUUUUUGUGUGGAAAGUCCUGAUGUGACAGAUUUAUCGCCUGACAAACCAGUGGAAGAUAUCCUGAAACUGGGAACGUAUGUUUAUAAAUAA